CACAGAGGCGAGAGCCACUCCAAGGGGAUGGAGUCGCGGAGGUCACUGAAGGAGCCGUGGAGCAUCGUCAGAGGCAGGCUUCAAUCCAUCCUCAUCCCGACGGCCAACAUUCAAGAGAUACAGCAAAAGCUAAAGGAGGAGCGCGAUGCCAAGCGGGCGCAGAUGGACGGGCGGCACGAGCACGUGCUCGCCGUGGUCGCCUCCUGCCUGGGCCUCGAGUGCUCGGACGUCGAGGAGGCCGUGCUGGACGGCACUCAGAUCGACAGGAUGGAGCGGUUCUUUGUGAGCGGGGGGACCCCCCACCUCAUGUUCUUCUACCAGGAUGCGGAGCACGGGGACGCAGUGCCGAGCUCGCUGACGGCCGCGCUGUCUGCGCGUGCGCGGAGGCCGCGCGUCUUCGUGACGGACGGCGUGGACUGCGCGCUGCACGGGGCGUGCGUCGCCUUCGUGCGCCCUCACCCCGACCGAGCCAUAACCGUCGACAACGUGCACAAGGAGGUGAGCGUGAGCGUGCUGGACGUCGGUGACGCCGGGCUGCUCGGCGCCCUGGAGGAGCUGCUCACGCAAGUUUUCCUGCCGGCAUUGCGGAGCCAGGGGCAAGCACCGGCCCAGGGGCAAGGGCAUGGCCAAGGGCAGGGCCAGAAUGAGCCCGACGGCAUUCACGUGGCCGCCGCUCGGCUGAAGCUCGCCGGCGCCUUGGACAACUUCGUGGGGGUGCUCUCCGGAGCCCAGGCCAGCCUGGCAGAGAAGGUGGUGCUGAAGCCGUGCUCCACGUACGACCUGCGUGGCGUGAGCAGCCCCGGCGACUUCGCGGCGGUGGCGAGCAGCAGCGAGAGCCUGGAGCGGGUAGAGGCGUGCGUGCGCGUGUGGCUCAAGCAGAUCGAGCAGGUCCUGGCAGAGAGUGACCAGAUGCGCCGCGAGGCGGACGACGUGGGGCCCCGUGCUGAGCUGGAGCACUGGAAGAAGCGCACGGCACGCUUUGGCUUCCUCCUGGAGCAGCUCAAGGGGGACGAGGUGCGCUCCGUCCUCGGGGUCCUCACCGCCGCCAAGGCCAAGUUGCUCAAGACGUGGCGAGCGCUUGACGCCCGGAUCACGGACACGGCCAACGAGGCGAAGGAUAACGUGAAGUACCUGUACAGCCUGGAGAAGUUCUGCGAUCCUCUCUACAACAGUGACCCGGUGAGCAUGGUGGACGCCAUUCCAGGCCUCAUGAACGCCAUCCGCAUGAUGCACAGCAUCUCGCGCCACUACAACACGUCCGAGAAGAUGACCUCGCUCUUCGUGAAGGUGACCAAUCAGAUGCUGACGGCGUGCAAGGCGUACAUGAGCAACGACGGCACGGCGUCCGUGUGGGAGCAGCCGCAGGAGGCCGUGAUCAAGAAGAUCGAGGCCUGCGUGCGUCUCAACCAGGAGUACCAGCAGUGCUUCCACCGCACCAAGAAGCGGCUGGAGGAGACGCCAGGCGAGCGCCCGUUCGACCUGAGCGAGAUGUACAUCUUCGGCAAGUUCGACGCGUUCCAGCGGCGGCUCACCAAGCUCGCGGCCUUCUACAGCACGGCCGACGCGUACGCCUGCCUGCAGCACUCGCGCAUCGAGGGGCUGCAGCCGCUGGCCGCCACGUGCCAGACGAUCGUGACGGACUUCACGAAGAAGCCCUACAGCGUGCUGGAUCACAGGAGGGUCGACUUCGAUGAGGACUACGAUGAAUUCUGCGCGCAGAUCAGCGAUCUCCAUGCCCAGAUUCGUCAAUUCAUGGACAGCUCCUUCGAGAAGAUCAACAGCACGGAGAGGGCCCUGGUCCUGCUGCAGAAGUUUGAGAAGCUGGGCAUCCCGGACCUGGGCGUGGAGGAGAAGUACCAGCAGGCGGUGCAGGGCUUCGCGCGGGAGAUCGAGGCCGUGUCGCGGGCGUACGCGCGCCAGAAGCAGGACCCGCCGCUGGCUCGCGACGCGCCGCCCGUGUCGGGCCGCGUGGCGUGGGCGCGCCAGCUCGUGCGCCGCCUGCAGGCGCCCAUGGAGCUGCUGCAGCGCUGCCCGCGCGCCCUCGAGUCGCCCGAUGGGCGCCGCUGCGUGCGAAACUACAACCGCGUGGCGCGCGUGCUGCUCGAGUACGAGAUGCUCUACCACAGGGCCUGGCUGCGGCAGGCGGAGGGCGUCCGUGGGGGCCUGCAGGCGUCGCUGCUCGUACGGCACGAGGACGACGACGGCGCCCACGGCGACCUCUUUGUGAACCUCGACCCCCAGGUGCCGGCGCUGUUGCGCGAGGCCGAGCGGAUGUCGCGCAUGGGCCUCGAGGUGCCUCCCGUGGCGCAGGCGCUGCGGCUCAAGCACCCGCAUCUUCGUCGCGUCUACGGACAGCUGCAGGUGUUGGUGGCGGAGCACGCGCGCGUGCGCGGGAAGAUCAGCGCCACCUACAGGAAGCUGCUGGAGCCGCACCUGGCGCGCGUCAACGAGGCGCUGCAGCCCGGCCUCACGACGCUCACCUGGACGUCGCUCAACGUCCACUCCUACGUGGAGGCAGCGCUCGCGGCCCUUGGCGAGCUGGAGCUCCUGCUGGACCGAGCCAACGACCUCAUCGAGUUCCGCAUCGAGGCCGUGCUGCGCGAGAUGAGCGCAACUCCGUUGUGCUCGCUGCCCACCGGCGAGCCCUGGAGCUGCGACGAGUUCCUGCGCUCCGUGCAGGACUUGUGCGCCAAGGGGUCUCAGACGUUGCAGAGUCGCAGUGCCCAGGUGGAGGAGGCUGCUAACGAGCUCAUCAACCUGUUCGUGGACACGGAGCCGUCCGACCGCGACGGGGAACUGCCCGGAGAUGGAGGGGACACCCAGCCCGGUGAGAGCCGUAGCGAGAGCCGGCGGGCGCCGAGCCGGGCGUCCUCCACCGUGGCGGCGACACCGCGCGGGACGGCGGCGGCGGCGGCGACGUCGUCGGCGCGCUCGCCCUCGCUGAAGCGGCGCCAGCGGCGGCGGGAGGCGCAGGCGGAGGCGCUGCGCGAGGACGCCCAGGAGCUCCUGGGCCUGUACAGCGCCCGCAACUCGGAGGCGCUGCUGCGGGCCACGCGCAGCACGCUGGAGGCCGUGCGCCGGCGCAUCCACUCCUCGGCCGCGCUCAGCUUCAUGGAGAGCGAUGGGGGCGGCAAGACGCGGGCGCCUCCACGGCCGUUCCUGCGCACGGAGGCGACGCUGGACAUCCCCACGGUGGCCGUGCAGCCGGCGCUCGAGCAAGUGCAGCAGUUCAUGAACCGCGCGUCGGAGAGCGUGCUGGCCGUGAGCCGCGGUGUGGCGCGCUGGAGCAAGGAGCGCAUGUCCAAGGCCAAGAUGGCAGAGAAGAAGCUGGCGGAGUUGAGGAGGAGCAGUGUGAGCAGCGACAUCACGGACAUCUCCGAAGUGGCCUCGCGGGGAAACCAAAACGGCAGUGUCAGUGACGUUGGGGGAGCUGCCGCCGCCUCCAAAGCACGCAACUAUUACAAGCUGGUGGCAGAAAACAAGGAGAUUGUGAAGCUGGUGUCUGUGCUCGGGACGGCCAUCACCUCCACCAAGAAGGACGUGCAGACGGCGCUGGAGCGAUUCAGCAGCUACCACCACAUCUGGCAGCGCGGCCGCGAGGAGGUCAUCGGGGCCUUCGUCAAGGGCAGCCCCCUGUUGUCCGAGUUCGAGGCCCAGAUCCUCUUCUACCGGGGUCUCGAGGAUCAGAUCAUCAGCGAGCCCGAGUUCCUGUGCGUGGGCGCCUUGGCGGUCUAUACUGCCAACCUGAAGCUGUCGCUGACGGCCGAGACGAAGGCGUGGAUGGUCGACUUUGGACGCCACUGCAACCUCAAGUACCGCUCGGAGAUGGAGGCCAUCUUCUCGUUCAUCGAGGAGACGAGCAAGAAGCUGAGCCGUCCCAUCCGCGACCUGGACGACAUCCGCAUCGCAAUGGCGGCGCUCAAGGAGGUCCGCGAGCAGCAGAUCUCCAUCGACUUCCAAGUGGGGCCCAUCGAGGAGUCGUACGCGAUGCUCACCAAGUACGGCCUCGCCGUGGCCAAGGAGGAGGUGGAGAAGGUGGACGCGCUGCGCUACAGCUGGGAGAAGAUGCUGAGCCGGGCGGUCGAGGUGCAGUCGGAACUCAUCGCCAUCCAGCCGGAGUUCCGCAAGGAGCUCAUCACCAACGUGGGCACCUUCGUCGUUGACUGCAGCGACUUCUACCACGACUACGAGACGGAAGGGCCCAUGGUCCCUGGAGUUGCUCCGCAAGAUGCAAGCGACAGGCUGAUCAUCUUCCAGAACCGCUUCGACAACCUCUUCCGAAAGUUCCAGACGUACAGCGACGGUGAGGAGCUCUUUGGGCUUCCCGUUACACAGCACCCGCAUCUCGCCGAGAUCCGGCGCCAGCUGACGCUGCUGCAGAAGCUGUACGUCCUGUACAACAGCGUCAUCGACACCGUCAGCGGCUACUACGACAUCCUGUGGUCUGACAUUAACAUCGAGAAGAUCAACAACGAGCUCCUGGACUUCCAGAACAAGUGCCGCAAGCUGCCGCGGGCGCUGAAGGAGUGGCAGGCGUACCUGGACCUGAAGAAGAGGAUCGACGACUUCAGCGAGAGCUGCCCCCUGCUGGAGCUCAUGUCCAACAGGGCGAUGAUGGCGCGCCACUGGAAGCGCAUCGCCGACACCACGGGCCACGCGCUCGAGGUGGAGAACGAGGCCUUCAAGUUGCGCCACAUCAUGGAGGCUCCGCUUCUCAAGCACAAGGAGGAGAUCGAGGACAUCUGCAUCAGCGCGGUGAAGGAGCGUGACAUCGAGUUCAAGCUGAAGCAGGUGGUGGCCGAGUGGGAUGGAAAAACUUUCACAUUCGGCAACUUCAAGACGCGCGGGGAGCUGCUACUGCGCGGUGACAACACGACCGAGAUCAUCGCCACGAUGGAGGACAGCCUCAUGGUGCUCGGCUCGCUCAUGAGCAACCGCUACAACGCCCCGUUCAAGAGCCAGAUCCAGAAGUGGGUGAGCAACUUGUCAAACACGACGGACAUUAUCGAGAACUGGAUGACCGUGCAGAAUCUGUGGGUCUACCUGGAGGCCGUGUUCGUGGGCGGGGACAUCGCUAAGCAGCUGCCAAAGGAGGCAAAGCGCUUCUCCAACAUCGACAAGUCGUGGGUGAAGAUCAUGACCCGAGCGCACGAGAUGAACAACGUGGUGCAGUGCUGCGUCGGGGACGAGACCAUGGGGCAGCUGCUGCCCCACCUUCUGGAGCAGCUGGAGCUCUGCCAGAAGUCGCUCACCGGGUACCUGGAGAAGAAGCGGCUGCUGUUCCCACGCUUCUUCUUCGUGUCGGACCCGGCGCUGCUCGAGAUCCUGGGCCAGGCCUCCGACUCGCACACCAUCCAGGCGCAUCUCCUCAACGUCUUCGACAACAUCAAGACCGUGGAGUUCCAUGAGAAGGUGUACGACCGGAUCCUGGCGGUGUGCUCGCGCGAGGGCGAGACCGUCCAGCUGGAUAAGCCUGUGAUGGCCGACGGCAAUGUGGAGGUGUGGCUCAACGCGCUGCUCAAGGAGUCGCAGCAGUCGCUGCACGGGGUCAUUCGCUCGGCCGCCCUGGCCGUGCAGGACUCGGCCUUCUCCCUCAUCGAGUUCCUCGACUCCUACCCCGCGCAGGUGGGGCUGCUGGGCAUCCAGCUGCUGUGGACGCGCGACUCGGAGGAGGCGCUCGCCAACGCUCGCUACAACCGCAAGGCGAUGCCGCAGACAAACCAGGCCUUCCUGGUGCUGCUCAACCGCCUCAUCUCCAUGACGACGCAGGACCUGUCGGCCGUGGAGCGCAUCAAGUACGAGACGCUCAUCACGAUCCACGUGCACCAGCGCGACAUCUUCGACGACCUGUGCCGCAUGCACAUCAAGAGCCCGACGGACUUCGAGUGGCUCAAGCAGUGCCGCUUCUACUUCAAGGAGGACGUGGACAAGCUGAUCGUGUGGAUCACGGACGUCAGCUUCAUCUACCAGAACGAGUUCCUGGGCUGCACCGACCGCCUGGUCAUCACGCCGCUCACCGACCGCUGCUACAUCACGCUGGCGCAAGCGCUUGGCAUGAGCAUGGGCGGGGCGCCCGCGGGGCCGGCCGGAACCGGCAAGACGGAGACCACCAAGGACAUGGGCCGCUGCCUGGGCAAGUACGUGGUCGUCUUCAACUGCUCCGACCAGAUGGACUUCCGAGGGCUCGGGAGAAUCUUUAAAGGCCUAGCUCAGUCGGGCUCGUGGGGCUGCUUCGACGAGUUCAACCGCAUCGACCUUCCCGUGCUGUCGGUGGCCGCGCAGCAGAUCGCCAUCGUGCUCACCUGCAAGAAGGAGCGGCGCAGCCAGUUCACCUUCACGGACGGCGACCUCGUGGAGAUGAACCCCGAGUUCGGCAUCUUCCUCACCAUGAACCCGGGCUACGCCGGGCGGCAGGAGCUGCCCGAGAACCUGAAGAUCAACUUCCGCUCGGUGGCCAUGAUGGUGCCCGACCGGCAGAUCAUCAUCCGAGUGAAGCUGGCCAGCUGCGGCUUCCUCGACAACAUCGUGCUCGCGCGCAAGUUCUACACGCUCUACAAGCUGUGCGAGGAGCAGCUCUCCAAGCAGGUGCACUAUGACUUUGGGCUGAGGAACAUCCUGUCCGUGCUGCGGACGCUGGGCGCCUCGAAGCGAUCGAAUCCCCAGGACACGGAGUCGACCAUCGUCAUGCGUGUGCUGCGCGACAUGAACCUAUCCAAGCUGAUUGACGAGGAUGAGCCGUUGUUCCUGAGUCUCAUUGAUGACCUCUUCCCGGGGAUCGCUCUCGACAAGGCCGGAUACCCUCAGCUGGAGGCCGCCAUCAACCGCCAGGUGGAGCAGGCCGGGCUCGUGAUCCACGCACCCUGGAAGCUCAAGGUGAUCCAGCUGUACGAGACGCAGUGUGUGCGCCACGGCAUGAUGGCGCUGGGGCCGAGCGGCGCCGGGAAGACGACGUGCAUCCACACGCUCAUGAGGGCCAUGACCGAGUGCGGGUCUCCGCACCGCGAGAUGCGCAUGAACCCCAAGGCCAUCACGGCGCCACAGAUGUUCGGGCGCCUGGACGUGGCCACCAACGACUGGACGGACGGCAUCUUCUCCACGCUCUGGAGGAAGACGACCCGCGCCAAGAAAGGCGAGCACAUCUGGAUCGUGCUGGACGGGCCCGUCGACGCCAUCUGGAUCGAGAAUCUCAACUCGGUGCUUGACGACAACAAGACGCUGACUCUGGCCAACGGGGACCGCAUCCCCAUGGCGCCCAACUGCAAGGUGGUGUUCGAGCCGCACAACAUCGACAAUGCGUCGCCCGCCACCGUCUCGCGCAACGGCAUGGUGUUCAUGAGCUCCUCCGUGCUCGACUGGAGCCCAAUCCUGGAGGGCUGGCUCAAGCAGCGCUCGCCGCAGGAGAGGGAGACGCUGCGGAGCCUGUACGCGAAGUCUUUCCUGGAGCUGUACCGCUAUGCGGCACACUCACUCUCCUUCAAGAUGGACACCCUGGAGGCCUUCGUCAUCGGGCAGAGCCUCAACAUGCUGCAGGGCCUCAUCCCCAGCAAGGAUCACGGAGGAGAGGUAACGCCUGAGCACCUGGGCCGGCUCUAUGUGUUUGCGCUCAUGUGGAGCGUCUGCGCGUACCUGGAGCUCGAUGACCGGCGCCGCAUGGAGCUGUGGCUGCGCUCGCACGAGACCAUGCGGCUCGACCUGCCGGCGGUGUCACCGAACGGAGAGGACUCCAUGUUCGACUACAUGGUCGGCGCCGACGGGCAGUGGGUGCACUGGAGCUCGCGCGUGGAGGAGUACGCCUACCCCGGCGACCACACGCCCGAGUACAACUCCAUCCUGGUGCCCAACGUGGACAACGUGCGCACGGACUUCCUCAUCCAUAACAUCGCCAAGCAGGGCAAGAGCGUGCUGCUCAUGGGCGAGCAGGGCACGGCCAAGACGGUGAUGCUCAAAGGAUACUUGAGCAAGUACGACCCAGAGACGCACCUGGCCAAGAAUCUCAACUUCUCAUCGGCCACGACCCCGCUCAUGUUCCAGCGUACCAUCGAGAGCUACGUCGACAAGAAAAUGGGCACGACGUACGGACCGCCGGCCGGGAAGAAGCUGACCGUCUUCAUCGACGACAUCAACAUGCCCAUCAUUAACGAGUGGGGAGACCAGGUCACCAACGAGAUUGUGCGGCAGCUGAUGGAGCAGGGAGGUUUCUACAACCUCGAGAAGCCGGGCGAGUUCACCAACAUCGUGGACGUGCAGUUUGUGGCGGCUAUGAUCCACCCAGGGGGCGGCCGCAACGACAUCCCGCAGCGGCUCAAGCGGCAGCUGUCCAUCUUCAACUGCACGCUGCCCUCCAACGCCUCCAUCGACAAGAUCUUUGGUGUGAUCGGCACGGGGCACUACAGCGCAGCGCGCGGCUUCGCAGAGGGCGUGCGCGCCCUGGCGGCCCAGCUCGUGCCGGCCACACGCCGCCUCUGGCAGCUCACCAAGAUCAAGAUGCUGCCGACGCCGGCCAAGUUCCACUACGUGUUCAACCUGCGCGACCUCUCGCGCAUCUGGCAGGGCCUGCUCAACACCACAGCCGAUGUCGUGUCCUCGCCGGAGCUGCUGCUGCGUCUCUUCAAGCACGAGUGUGAGCGGGUCAUCGCCGACCGCUUCACAUGCGCCGAAGACACCGACUGGUUCGAGGAGCGGCUGGCAGCCGUGGCCAGCGAGGAGCUGGGCGCAGCGGCGGGGGAGGCCCUGGCGGUGGGGGAGAGGGCCUUUUUCGUGGAUUUCCUCCGCGACGCCCCGGAGGCCACGGGCGAUGAGCCAGAGGAUGCCGACUUCGACAUGCCCAAGAUCUACGAGCCGAUCGCCUCGUACGACGAGCUGCGCGACCGCCUCAACUUCUUCCUGCAGCAGUACAACGAGAGCGUGCGUGGAGCCCGCAUGGACCUCGUGUUCUUCACAGACGCCAUGCUGCACCUGGUCAAGAUCUCCCGCGUGAUCCGGACACCACGUGGGAACGCGCUGCUUGUCGGCGUGGGCGGCUCGGGCAAGCAGAGCCUGGCACGCCUCGCUUCCUACAUCGCCGGCUACAAAACCUUCCAGAUCACCCUGUCCAGGUCCUACAACACGUCCAACCUUCUGGAGGACCUGAAGGUGCUGUACCGUGUGGCGGGGCAGCAGGGCAAGGGCAUCACCUUCCUCUUCACGGACAACGAGAUCAAGGACGAGGCAUUCCUGGAGUAUAUGAACAACGUGCUCUCCUCUGGGGAGGUGUCGAACCUGUUCGCUCGUGACGAAAUGGACGAGAUCCUGAGCGAGCUGGUGCCGGUGAUGAAGAAGCAGCACCCGCGGCGGCCGCCCACGCAGGAGAACCUGCACGAGUUCUUCAUGACGCGCGUGCGCCUGAACCUGCACGUGGUGCUCUGCUUCUCGCCCGUCGGCGAGCGCUUCCGCACGCGCGCCCUGCGCUUCCCCGCGCUCAUCUCCGGCUGCACCAUGGAUUGGUUCAGCCGCUGGCCCAAGGACGCGCUCGUGGCUGUGUCGGAGCACUUCCUGUCGUCGUACACCAUGGACUGCACGGUGGAGGUGAAGCAGGAGGUCGUGGCCUGCAUGGGCUCCUUCCAGGACGGCGUUGCCGAGAAAUGCACCGACUACUUUCAACGCUUCCGCCGCUCCACCCACGUGACGCCCAAGUCGUACCUGUCCUUCGUGCAGGGAUACAAGACUGUGUACAAGGAGAAACACACGGAGGUGCAGACGUUAGCGAACAGGAUGCAAAUGGGGCUGCAGAAGCUGAAGGAGGCCUCGGAGUCGGUAGCCGGGCUUAGUGUGGAGCUGGAGAUGAAAGAAAAGGAGCUGCAGGUGGCCAAUGAGAAGGCUGACAAGGUGCUGAAGGAGGUGACAGUGAAGGCGCAGGCGGCGGAGAAGGUGAAGAUGGAGGUGCAGAAGGUGAAGGAGACCGCCGAGCGGAUCGUGGACAGCAUCUCGGUGGACAAGGCCGUGGCCGAGAAGAAGCUGGUGGCUGCCAAACCGGCGCUGGAGGAGGCUGAGGCAGCACUGCAGACGAUCAAGCAGUCGGACAUCGCGACGGUGCGCACCCUGGGCCGUCCGCCGCACCUCAUCAUGCGCAUCAUGGACUGCGUGCUGCUGCUGUUCCAGCGGCGUGUCAACCCCGUGCGCAUGGACCCCGAGCGCGGCUGCGUGACGCCGUCCUGGCAGGAGUCGCUCAAGCUCAUGACGGCCGGCAACUUCCUCGGGUCGCUCAAGCAAUUCCCUAAGGACACAAUCACGGAGGAGGUGGUGGAGCUGCUGCAUCCGUACUUUGACAUGCCCGACUACAACAUUGACACGGCGCGCAAGGUGUGCGGCAACGUGGCGGGCCUGUGCUCCUGGACCAAGGCCAUGUCCUAUUUCUUCGGCAUCAAUAAGGAAGUGCUGCCCCUCAAGUCCAACCUGGUGGUGCAGCAAGGCCGCCUCAACAUCGCGAUGGGUGACCUCCAGAGCGCUCAAGCCGAGCUGGAUGCCAAGCAGGCCGAGUUGGAUCUGGUGCAGGCCGGAUACGAGAAGGCCCUGCGCGAGAAGCAGGAGCUGAUGGACGAUGCGGAGCGGUGCCGGCGCAAGAUGCAGACGGCGUCAGGGCUGAUCAGCGGCCUGGCCGGGGAGAAGGAGCGCUGGACCAACAUGAGCAAGGAGUUUGCAGCACAGAUAAAGAGGCUCGUGGGGGAUGUGCUCAUGGCCACGGCGUUCCUGUCCUACGCCGGCCCCUUCAACCAGGAGUUCCGGAACCUUCUGCUGGGCGAGUGGCAGCGCGAGCUGAAGGUGCGGCGCAUCCCCUUCACGGCGGAGCUGGUGCUGAGCGAGCUGCUCAGCGACAGCCCCACGGUUAGCGAAUGGGGGCUGCAGGGCCUGCCCGGCGACGAGCUGUCCGUGCAGAAUGGCAUCAUCGUCACCAAGGCGGCGCGGUACCCGCUGCUCAUCGACCCCCAGACGCAGGGAAAAACCUGGAUCAGGAACAAGGAGAAGAUGAACGACCUCCAGGUGACGUCCUUGAACCACAAGUACUUCCGCACGCACCUGGAGGACAGCCUGUCGCUGGGCCGCCCGCUGCUCAUCGAGGACGUGGGCGAGGAGCUGGACCCGGCGCUCGAUAAUGUCCUCGAGAAAAACUUCAUCAAGAUCGGUUCCACCUUCAAGGUGAAGGUGGGCGACAAGGAGGUGGACGUGAUGCCCGGGUUCCGCCUCUACAUCACCAGCAAGCUGCCGAACCCGGCCUACACGCCGGAGGUCAGCGCGCGCACCUCCAUCAUCGACUUCACCGUCACCAUGAAGGGGCUGGAGGAGCAGCUGCUGGGCAGGGUCAUCCUCACCGAGAAGAAGGAGCUGGAGAAGGAGCGCACGGAGCUGCUGGAGGACGUGACGUCGAACAAGCGGCGCAUGCAGGAGCUGGAAGACAGCCUCCUGCACCGGCUGAGCAGCACACAAGGCUCACUGGUGGAUGACGAGAGCCUGCUGGGCGUGCUCGCCUCCACCAAGCGCACGGCCGAGGAGGUGACGCAGAAGCUCGCCACGGCCGCCGACACCGAGCAGCAGAUCAACACGGCGCGCGAGGAGUACCGGCCUGUAGCGACACGGGGCAGCAUCUUGUACUUCCUGAUCGUGGAGAUGAGUCUGGUGAACGUCAUGUACCAGACCUCCCUGCGCCAGUUCCUCGGCCUCUUCGACAUUGGCUUGGCCAGGUCGGCCAAGAGCCCCAUCACCAGCAAGCGCAUCAGCAACAUCAUUGAGUUCAUGACCUUCGAGGUGUUCAAGUACGCGGUGCGUGGCCUCUACGAGGAGCACAAGUUCCUGUUCGCGCUGCUGCUGGCGCUGAAGAUCGACAUGCAGGCGCGGCGCGUGAAGCACGAGGAAUUCCUCACGCUCAUCAAAGGCGGCGCGUCGCUCGACCUCAAGACCUGCCCUCCCAAGCCCGCAAAGUGGAUCCUGGACCUGACGUGGCUGAACCUGGUGGAGCUCAGCAAGCUGCGGCAGUUUUCGGACAUCCUCAACCAGAUCACGCGCAACGAGAAGCAGUGGAAGAGCUGGUUCGACAAGGAGGCGCCCGAGGAGGAGCCCGUCCCCAACGGCUUUGACCAGGCGCUCGACUGCUUCCGCCGCCUGCUGCUCAUCCGCUGCUGGUGCCCCGACCGCACCAUCGCCCAGGCACGCAAGUACAUCACGGAGACGAUGGGUGAAAGCUUCGCGGAGGGCGUCAUCCUGGAUCUGGAGCGCACCUGGGAGGAGUCGGACCCGCGCACACCGCUCAUCUGCUUCCUGUCCAUGGGCUCGGACCCCACGGACUCCAUCAUUGCGCUGGGCAAGCGGCUGCGCCUCGAGACACGAUACGUGUCCAUGGGCCAGGGCCAGGAGGUCCACGCCCGCAAGCUGCUGCAGCUCACCAUGGCCAACGGCGGCUGGGCACUGCUACAGAACUGCCACCUGGGUCUGGGCUUCCUGCCGGAGCUCAUGGACACGCUGACGGAGGCGGAGGGCGUGCACGAGACGUUCCGCCUGUGGAUGACCACCGAGGCGCAUCCGCUCUUCCCCAUCACCCUGCUGCAGAUGUCCAUCAAGUUCACCAACGAGCCCCCGCAGGGCCUACGCGCCGGGCUCAAGAGGACAUACGCCGCCAUCAGCCAGGAACAGCUGGAGGUCAGCAACAUGGUGCAGUGGCGGCCCAUGCUGUACGCCGUCGCGUUCCUGCACUCAUGCGUCCAGGAGCGGCGCAAGUACGGCCCCCUGGGUUGGAACAUCCCCUACGAGUUCAACCAGGCCGACUUCAACGCUACUGUGCAGUUCGUGCAGAACCACCUGGAUGACAUGGACAUCAAGAAGGGCGUUUCGUGGACCACGGUGCGCUACAUGAUCGGCGAGAUCCAGUACGGCGGGCGGGUGACGGACGACUACGACAAGCGGCUCCUCAACACCUUCACCCAAGUGUGGUUCAGCGAGAACAUGUUCUUGCCCACGUUCUCCUUCCACAAGGAUUACACCAUCCCGCGCUGCACCACCGUCGACCAGUACCUGCAGCACAUACAGAGCCUUCCGGCGGCCACCACCCCGGAGGUGCUGGGCCUGCACGCGAACGGCGACAUCACGUACCAGACGACGGUGGCACGUGACGUGCUCGACACAGCGCUGGGAAUCCAGCCCAAGGACAGCGCGGCGGGCGGCGGCGAGACGCGCGAGAGCAUCGUCUACGCCAAGGCGCAGGAGAUGUUGGAGAAGCUGCCCCAGGACUACAUCCCGUACGAGGUGCGGGAGCAGCUGCAGAAGAUGGGGGCGCUGCAGCCCAUGAACAUCUUCCUCCGGCAGGAGGUGGAGCGCAUGCAGCGCGUCAUCUCCCUCGUGCGCUCCACGCUAAACGAUCUGCGCCUUGCCAUCGAGGGAACCAUCAUCAUGAGCGAGGGCCUCCGCGACGCGCUCGACUGCAUGUACGACGCGCGCAUCCCCGCACGCUGGCGCAAGGCCUCCUGGGUGUCGAGCACGCUGGGCUUCUGGUUCACGGAGCUGCUGGAGCGCGAUCGCCAGUUCCGCUCGUGGUGCUUCCAGGGCCGGCCCAGCUGCUUCUGGAUGACGGGAUUCUUCAACCCGCAGGGCUUCCUCACCGCCAUGCGACAGGAGGUGACGCGUGCGCACAAGGGCUGGGCGCUGGAUAGUGUGGUGCUGCAGAACGACGUGACGCGCUGGCUUCGCGAGGACGUGACGCGCUCGCCCGACGAGGGCGUCUACGUCCACGGCCUCUUCCUUGAGGGCGCCGCCUGGGACCGGCGCAACGGCCGCUUGGCCGAGGCGCGGCCCAAGGCGCUGUCUGAGCCCAUGCCGGUCGUGCAUAUCUACGCGGCCAACAACCCCGCUGGGUCUAAGGACACGCAGCUCUACUCCUGCCCCAUCUACAAGAAGCCGGUGCGCACCGACCUGAACUACAUCGCCGACGUGGACCUCCGCACGGCGCAGCCGCCUGAACACUGGAUCCUGCGCGGGGUGGCCCUGCUCUGUGACGUCAAAUAACGGCCGUGCUGCCCUGAGUAGGGGGGGGCAAGGUGGAGUGCGUUUGGAGGGAGGGGGCGGGGGGCCAGUCACAGCUGAGGGAGGCUCUUCCAUCGCCAGCUCAAGAACGACUCGUCUAUGCGUGUUGUUGGCGGGGGUGGCGGGAGCUCGUUGGUGCUGUGCGAUGGGAGGUCGUGAGGUUUUGAGAAGGAGAUUUAUUUUACGGGGUUGCGCCAGCCUGCCGUAAGGCUUUUUUUUUAACCUUAUUUAUAUUUAAUAUAACAAUAAACACUGGAAUAAUUGUGUUGACAUUAUUGAAAAAUUAUCCAAUAAUAAGUGAGUGAAUACACAAAGGGUGGUUGGGAAUAUAAAUAUUUAUGAUCACGAAUUGGGGCAGCAAACGUUUUUGUAUUUAACCAAUAAAGCAUUUCCACUGCAACAAAGGAUAUUGUAAUUCAUGAUCGCAAUGGUGAGGUAUUUUAGACUCAUAAUUACUAUUAUGGCCUUGCUUUUCUACCAUCUGGAUUUAUAAAGCAUUUAAAUGCAGCUGCAGAUAAAACAAAAUUAAACAUUUAAACCUUCUAAUUCAUUCAAUAAAAAGUCAGGUGUACCAUAAUCUUGUCAUCAGCAAUAAAUUAAUAUCUGUCUCUAAUUAUAUGCCCGGCUCUCAAUAUCCAGGAACACCUGCAUGAGCACGUUGAAUUUGAUCAUUCUCAGUCUUUUUUUGAUGGGCUUGUGAUUCCUAUUUAUUCUGCGAUGUUUACAUCUGGCAGAGCUUGAGCCCCCCGCGCUCUUUUAAUCGCAAGGGCUGAAUCGCCACCACGAAUGCCAGGUUUCCACGACCACUUGGAAGGGUGUCAAUUUGAUUCGUCAAGAAGGGCUAACGGACUUGGGCCGGGUUUCCAUGGCAACCUCUACCAGGCCAAGAGGGCUAACAGCACCCAGUCUUGCGAGCUCAUAGUUCUAAAAAGAGAGCCAUCCACUGUCACCUGGACCGACCUUCUGAGCAAGUUGCGACAUCUUGACACGGUCAAUGGGAUGUGAUGGUCAGUGGCGGCGUCAAUGGCAUAGUUCACCUAGUUCACCUUUUAGGCUGUGUUUUUGCAACAAAAACUGUUUACAAUAGUAAUGUUUUCUUGGGAUUGGUUGGCUUAACCCAAGCCUACGUUAAAUGUUUUAAGAUCGCGUCUCUCUGACAACUGAUGGUAUGGAGGAGAGCCCAGAGAGCCUUGUGGAUCAAGAAGUGUGGGGACACAGAUUCCGAUCCGUGCUGUUAAUCCUAGAAGCUAAAUGGGUCGUCCUGGGCCAUCGGGUGCACUUACCAAUGGCGGUGGAAACGUAGUGCAAGUUGGUCCCAUGGUGAGACGGGACACUGUAAGAUCCCUGUUUAAUUCAUAGGGCAAACAUUUUUUAUGAAUAAUCAUCUCUUGUCAUGAGAGCAGGUGUUAAAUUUGAGUCUUCUAAGUCACAAAAAAAACAGUUGACUGUCAAUUUUUAUGUAAAUGUAACUGUCAUUAUAUAUGUGUUUGUUGUGAAUCCUCAUUUGACUUUACUGUGCUGUCUAUUCCAAAGACCAAAUGCAUAGUUAUAAAAUGUUUUGAUUUUUUAAAUGUUUUUUUCUUAAUUGUUGUAAGUAAAAAUAUCCAUGAGCCGCAAGCAUGUCACUUGCAAAUCGCUUUACAAAGAGCCACACAGACACAACUCUGUCAAAUGCCCCAGUUACCCUUCGCUUAGUCUGGGGGGUCGCUCAUUCUCCUCUGUUGCCUUCAUAAUACAGAACUUUGUUUACCAUGCAACAUAGUUGCAACUGAUGCAAAUAAGUGGACGUUAGUGGAAAACAGGUUAAAUAUUAGUUCACGAAGAUAAGGAGAAUACGGAAUGUAGGUCAAAGAGACGAGUGGCAAGUCGGGGGGUAGCUUACAUGCACGUCCACUCAUAUAACCACAGCUGUCAGCGUGCCAGACUUCACUCAAUUGGUCACCACUGAAUUUGCUGCCACUAAAUACGCCACACCUGAUUGGCUCCCCAUAAAUGGCCCACCAAUUAAUUGGCCGCUACUGGCUUGACCACCCCUGGUUCGGUUACCACUUCCGGAAUUGUUCACCGCUAAAUUGGCCACGCUUUAUUUGGCCACCGCGAAUUUGGUCACCCCUAAUCUGGCCAUCACUGGCUUGGCGACCCUGGAUCCGGUGGUCACCCCUGACUUAGCCACUCAUUUGGCCACCGAUUAUCUUUACUCUGGGUUCACAAAUGACAACACACCCCUGCCUUCAAUUAGCGCCCUGUGCCAUGCAGAAAACGCGCGUGUAGUGUACCAUGAUAAUUGUUGUAACAGCCCUCCAAAUGUUUUUCGUUUUACAUCUAAGCGACUUUAUGCGUGAAGUAAUGUGUAUUUGCAGUGACGAGUCUCUUGUGUGCAAUCAGCCUGGUUAUUUUUAUUUCCCUGAAAUUUAAUAAAGUAUUUAAAGAAG